GCUGUGUACAUAUGCAUUGGUGUUUUUUUUGUAUUAAAUUGUUGGAAAAAUAUGGAUUAAUCAAUGGCGUUUUCAAUUUUUUACUUAAAACAAUACACAAAAUAUAACAAUGGAAAAUAACGAAAGUUAACGUGAAUCAAAUACGCUGAGAUUAAGGGGUUUUCUCGCCAUGGAGUUGUGUGUACAUGCAGGCGGAAAAUCGAUUAAAAUAAUUUUCGGCCUGUCAACAGAGUUAAACAAAAUAAGAAUGAAUUGAAGAAAUCGUUAAAUGUACCAAUAAAUAUUCUAAAUCGGAAAAUAUAACUAUUCUCCGACUAUGAAUCCAAAUGGAGCUGACCUGGGUCACAACAAUAGGCGGAAUGACAAGGUCAAUCCCGACGGCGUCCAUCCCUCCUCGUUGCGGGGCAGCAGCAACGCUAGCUCUACCCGCCGGAAGUCCAUCAACUUCCAGAAUCAACUGCAGCUGGCGUUGGAGUCCAACGAGUGCGAUGUGAUGUACUGCAGCCUGUCGUCGGGUCGCUUCCGAGCGCCUCCGGCGGGCAAUGAGGGCUUCCCGCCACAUGCAGGCAAGCUGAAGCUCUCGCCGCUGGAAAAGUACGAUGAUGUGAAUAGGGGCGUACCGCCGCCAUCUCCGGCCCCCAACAGCGACUGCUUUGCCACCAGCUGUGUGGCCAGUCAGGUGCCGUCGCAGUCGUGCAACGUGGGCUCAAAGGUGGAGCAACCUCCGGUGGUGAGCCAGAAACAUGGAAUGGCCGGAGCGAGCAACGUGAACUACCACCAUCAGCGAGGUGUCUCGCCAAACUCUAGAUACAGGUUGGAGCGCUAUCGGGAGUCGCAGCAGCAAACGCCGCAGGCGAAGAUGAUGGAGAAUCUGGGCGGUAUGCCCUCGGCUGUGCCACUGCCCUCGGUCUCCUCCACGCGCCUCCUACUGCCUUCCAAUGUACCCUUGCCGCUGGCCCAGUGCGAUAACUACAAUGCCUAUCUGGGAUCCACGGUACACACGCCGGUUAAGCGAUAUGUGCCCACACCGCCGCCAGCCGGCGAUCUAUAUGCCGAUCUUACCAUGUCGUCGUCUUCGCCAGCGGGCAAUCUCCCCACUCCCGCAGCAUCCGCAUCCGGGUCCGGAUCCACGGCGCAAUCACAGUACGCCAAUAUGCCGUACAGCUAUCGCACCAAGUGCUGCCACAGUGAGACCUCGCACGGCAGCCUUAGUCGGACCUCGCAGACGUACAUCGGCAAUGUGAGCUGCUCUCCGGCCGCAGCCUGCACCUCGCCAUCGCCGGCACCCUCCUCGACCAUGUCGAUGGUCUUGUCGGCGGCUAGCUCUUGUUCGCCGAUAACCACUGCCAAUAAUCUAGUCCAGCGCGGCGACCAAGCGCUGAUGUCUCGACACCGGGGCGGUGGCGAGGAUGGCAGCGACUCCAUGGUAGUUGUGGCACCCGGAGGAGCUGCCUCUGGGGCCCAGAUCGAGGACAACCCGUCGGGGACGUGCCUGCACUGCAACACGGUGCGUCGAACCACAGGCGUGCAUCAGACCACUCAGACGACGGGACCCAUUAGUCCGGUGCCCAUAUCCCUGCCCGUGCCCAUGCCCAUUCCGGUGAUUUCGAGCCUCAAUGAGCAGAUGCAGCAGAAUGCCGGCAUGGAUCAGUCCAGCAACAGCAGCAUGGUGUCCGUGCCCGUGCAGGCGAAGCGGCACGAUGCAGUGCAGCUUCAGGCACCCGGUUCCGGAUCCGGGUCCAACCAACACCAGCAGAUGUACCGUAGCCAGAUGGUGAGCAAUCCGCGUCUGCAGCACAUCCACCACCAGACGCAGCAGCACCAGUCGCUGCAGGUACUCCCACAGCCGCAGCUGCAUCAUUUGUCCUGCAAGAAGCGACUCGGUAUCUACCUGCGGCGCACCACCUCACAGUUCUUUGGCGUGGAGCCGAGCACAGAGGCGGCCGACUGUGCCCUCUGGCAGGGACGUCACCGCCGGCUUGCAAUCCGCUGCUUCGGGAUGUUCGACACCGAAUUGGAGUACCACAUGCAGCAGGCCGGCGGCGAGGACAUGCAGGGAAAUGGAAAUGGCAGCGGCGGGAAUGGCAAUGGCAAUGGGAAUGGCUAUGCCCCCGAUCGCCCAGACAUCCUGCCCGUCCAGGAUGCCCUUGGCAUGGACAUGACGCUGGGCGGUGAUAACCGGCGGCAGAAGUGCUACACCAAUCGUGAUUUUCUUGCCGGGGAGUUCGUGGAGCGUAAGGCAUCGGUGGGCUACAUGUUCGUGGCUAUGGUCAGCUACUUGGUGCACAUGUUCAACAAACGACGGCCCAUCCAGAUGCAUCGAGUGCGCUGUCCUUGGCAAUGGUCGCGCAGCUUUGCCCCGCUCCACGUCACCACCCAGCAGGCGGACGCCGACUGCUUGACGGAUGGUUUGGAGGCUAUCAUCGAGGACGAGGUUUUCUUUGAUAGUCCCUGCGAGAUAACGGCCAACGGGCUGAACGAAGAGGGUUCCGAGAUCGGGGGCGGCGGCAGACAGGCGUCGUCUGCUGUCAAGUCACGACCUUGCACAGGUGAUCCAUCCGCAGGGGGCGGCAAUAUGGGAGUGGGGGUCAGUGUCUACAUGGCGGAACGUCAGCAGAAUGGCUGGAGAACCUCUGCGUUGAACAACGGCGGAAAUGCCAGCAGUGAUAUCAACCUAACCGGCGGCAACGGCGGCGACCAAGCCUCCCAUCCGCCGGGUGGCGGCCACAUACCGCUUUGCAGCUCCGUUUCCAGCCAAAUGCAGCCGGCAAUGCGCACCUCGCACUCCACCACCUCGACAUGCAAUCGGGGCAACCGGAUAACAGCCCAGCUGCUCGACGGCGUUCUGGAGAACUCGCGACGCCCUCCACUGCGUUGCAUCAAGUAUUUCUCGGUCAAUGAUCUGGACGACCGCACCGACCAUCGGCCCUUUUUCACCUACUGGAUCAAUACGGUGCAGGUCGUGGUGCUCAUACUAUCUAUCAUUUGCUACGGAGUCGCGCCUAUUGGCAUCGGAUCGGAGCAGAAGACGGGCCAGGUGCUGGUGACCAGUCUCAGUCUGCAGACGGUGCAGCAUGUAGAGCAGCGCAACCUGUGGAUUGGUCCCAGGAAUAUCGAUCUGGUGCACAUGGGGGCCAAGUUUGCCGCCUGCAUGCGACGGGAUGUCAAGAUUACAGAGGUGGUCACAAAAACGAGGCGCCACGAAAGGGAGACGGCCUGUUGCAUUCGCAACGAUGAUUCGGGAUGCGUGCAGAGCUCUCAGGCGGAGUGCUCCAUAAGGGGUCUCUUUCCAACGAAAUCGAUAUCGACCUGGAAGAAAUGGUCUCCGAGCGAGUCGGGACCGGGAGGUCGAAUAUCCGGGUCUGUCUGCGGAUUGGACCCCAAAUUCUGUGAUGCUCCAGCAUCGAUUGCGCCCUAUGAAUGGCCCGACGAUAUUACCAAGUGGCCCAUAUGCCGGAAAACCAAUUCGUUUACCCAACGAUAUCGGUACAAGGAUCACACCUCGGAACACAUGGUUUGCGAGGUCAUUGGACAUCCAUGUUGCACGGGCCUCUAUGGAGAGUGCCGGAUAACGACCCGCGAGUACUGUGACUUUAUAAAGGGGUAUUUCCAUGAGGAAGCAUCGCUGUGCUCUCAGAUAUCCUGUCUGAAUAAUGUGUGUGGCAUGUUCCCAUUCAUAUCCGUUGAGACGCCGGAUCAGCUCUACAGACUGCUCACAUCGCUAUGCAUGCACGCCGGCAUUCUUCAUCUGGCCAUAACUCUAAUCUUCCAGCACCUGUUCCUGGCGGACUUGGAGCGGUUGAUUGGAACAGUCCGUACUGCCAUUGUCUAUAUAAUGUCGGGCUUUGCCGGAAAUCUAACAAGCGCCAUUCUUGUGCCACAUCGCCCCGAGGUUGGACCCUCGGCCUCUCUCAGCGGAGUGGUGGCCUCACUGAUCGCUUUGCUGAUAUGGAUGCACUGGAAGUAUCUGCACAAGCCCCACAUCGCCCUGUUCAAGCUGCUGCUCCUGUGCAGCGUGCUAGUUGGGAUCGGAACCCUGCCUUAUCAGCUGAACUUCCUGGGAUUGCUGGCUGGCGUGAUUUGUGGCUGCCUUUUGACCGUGUCCCUAGUGCCAUUUACCACAUUCUCGAAAUAUGGGCGCAAGAAAAAGAUAAAUCUAAUUUGGACUUGCGUUUUGUUUCAUGUCAUCGUUUACACUGCAAUGAUCGUGACAUUUUAUAUUCACCCAAGUGAAUUUCAUUCAAUUAGUUUUGUAGAUAUGUUUAGUAAUAACAACGGAUACGAGAAUUUCACCAACGGUGAACACCAUGGCGUUGAUAUUGUAAGCAGUAAUACUCGAUACUCCCAGACCCAGAACUCCCAGUACUAUUAUCAUCAUCAUUCCGAUGACAUUAUUAGGAAGAGCGUAACAUUCACCGAAAAGGCUCUCGUUUCGCACAUUUUGUAUCCCGCUGCGGCAUCGCGAAAACAAAGCGCCUCUCAAGAACAAUGGCAGGAAGUAGAGUUUAGUCGUUCGUUUAAUCACCUUUCAAACUAUAGUGAUCGAAUUAAGAAAAGUAUUGGAAAUAUAUCAAAGCUUAAGCAAGUGUUCACUUCACCCAUUCGAUUCUCCAACAAAAACAACAACAACAACUCUAAUCUUAUGACUGAAUUAACAUCGGUGCACUCCGAAAAUAAUAACCAAAAAUACUUAGGUUAUACCAAUAAUGAUAAUAAUAAUACUGAAUUCAAUGUCCUUUAAUAUUUUACAUAUUAAUCGAAUCGAAACCAUUCUCAUGACAACAAAAAUUUGACAAGUUUGAGUGCACAAAAUAGAUAACAAUUAUAUGAAUAAUGAUGCAUUAAAUGUCUAUUUAUGUAUGUAUAAUCCGGAACUUCAAAUGA